AUGGCUACCCCCAAUGUGCUCACCUUUGAUGCUGAGGGUCGGGCUGUCGACUUUGAGGUCUGGGUCGAUGAUCUGCAGCUUUUUCUGCAGUGCGAUAGAAAAGACGGUCUCUCACUAUUCGAUCUCACGUCAGGCGCCUCUGCUGCCCCUACUGCCGAUGCUGACAGUGCUGUUCGCUCACAGUGGGCCACACGCGAUGCUGCUGCCCGUCUUGCCGUGCAUAGUCACCUUCCGUCCUCUGAGCGCGCACACUUUAGUCAGUACAAGAGUGCUAAGACCUUGGACCACUUCCUCUCUGAGAGCCCCACCACACUCACCGUUGACCUCCUUGAGGAGCGCCUCCUUGCAGCUGAGAAGAGUAUAGUCGCUGUAGGAGCCUCUCGUGGUGACCCUCGAACCCCGUUCUUUGAGGGGUGCUCCCCCGUUCCCCUUUUGCCAUCUGUUGCCUUUGCUGCUGGUGUCGACCUCGUUGGCACCGAGUCGGUCGGCGCUGCGUCUGCCCCUAGCGGGAGACGCCGCAACGGCAAGGGCAAGGGGGGCAAGGGCGUUGGAGGAGCUGGUGGGGGCGGUGGUGGUGGCGGUGGAGGCGGCGGAGGGGGUGGGGGUGGCGGUGGGAGUGGGGGCGGGGGUGGGGGCUUCGGUGGCGGCGGUGGAGGCGGAGGCGGCGGUGGCGGUGGGAGCGGAGGAGGCGGCGGUGGCGGCGGUGGCGGCAGCGGCGGUGGAGCUGGUCGAGGUGGCUCUGUGCAGCGGGGAGGCUUCGGUGGUGGUCAGCGUCAGCAGCAGGAGCGCGCUCUUGAGAACCCGCCCCCCCAGCAGCUUCGUGAGUGGUAUGCUGCGCGUCAGCGGGGUGGGGGUGCUGGUCCUUGUGCCUACGUCCCGCGUACCGGCGACCGCAGUGGUGAGCCGUGCGGCGGCCCGCACGCCGCCCAGCGCUGCUUCGGCCGCCUGAUGGACGCCUGGCGUCUCCAUUUCCCUGACGCCACUGAGAUCCCUCGCCGGGUCGAGCUGCUUAGGUCGGGGGUUGCUAUCUUUGAUCUUGAUUAUGAUGCUAUUCUUGCUGCCAUGUAUGUUGUGUCUACUAGUGACGAGGGUGACUGUUACUUGUGUGUGCCGCCUGACCCAGGCAUUGAGGCUGCUGCUCUAGGUGCUAGUGAGUCUGCUGCUCCAGGUGCUGGUGAGUCUGCUGCUCCAGGUGCUGGUGAGUCUGCUCUCUCAGGUACCACGUCGGCUCAGGUUUUGCACACCUUCACUCUUGACUCGGGUGCUUCCCGCUCCUUCUUUCGAGACCGCACCACACUCACGCCGCUUAGUCGGCCUGUUGCAGUCUCCCUGGCAGACCCCUCUGGGGGUCCUGUCCUUGCCCACUUUUCCACUGUCUUGCAGUGUCCGCCGGCCCCCUCUGGCACCCUGUCAGGCCUUUACCUCCCCUCGUUCUCUACAAACUUGGUGAGUGGUGCUGACCUACAGGAUAGGGGGGUUGACCAGUUCACUCCUACGAGACAGCGAAUGACCCACUGCACGUGCGCUCGGACGGGCCGACACUUGGCCACGUUUACCCGUCAGCCGGGGUCGAGCCUGUACACACUGACUACUGAGUCUCCUCCGGUUGCUGCGUCUGGUCAGGUAGCUGCGUCGGGUCAGGUGUUAGCUGCAGCGUCCAGGUCUGGUAUUGAGUCUGCCCCCUGCUCGUGUCGUCUCCUGUCUCACCAAACUCUUCUCUGGCACCACCGCCUUGGUCACCCCUCCCUGCCUCGUCUCCAAGGCAUGGCCUCCCGUGUCCUUGUCUCUGGUCUCCCCCAGUCCCUCCCUCCCCUUCCCCCGGGGCCUGCCCCUACCUGCGUUCCCUGCAUCGAGGGGCGGCAGCGCGCCGCUCCUCACUCCUCCGAGUUUCCUCUGACAGAGGCUCCGCUGCAGACACUUCACCUGGACGUGCGGGGCCCCGCCCGCGUCCGUGGACAGGGUCACGAGCGUUACUUCCUGCUGGUAGUUGACGACUACUCGCGUUACACCACAGUCUUCCCCUUGCGCAGCAAGGGUGAGGUCGCUGAGGUGUUGAUCGACUGGAUCCGCGCUGCUCGUCUCCAGCUCAGAGAGAGUUUCGGCUCGGACUUUCCUGUUCUGCGUCUACACUUUGACAUAGGCGGAGAGUUUUCCUCCGACCUUCUGCGAGCCUUCUGUCGUGCACGGGGAAUCCGCCAGACGUUCACGCUUCCGGCCUCUCCACAGCAAAAUGGGAUUGCUGAGCGCCGCAUUGGCAUGGUCAUGGACGUCGCUCGUACGUCCAUGAUGCAUGCGGCUGCUCCCCAUUUUCUGUGGCCGUUCGCGGUUCAGUACGCGGCGCAUCAGAUCAACCUUCAGCCCCGGGUCUCCUUGCCUGAGACCUCCCCUACUCUGCGGUGGAUGGGGAAGGUUGGCGAUGCGUCUGCGUUUCGUGUCUGGGGAUCUCGAGCUUUUGUCCGCGACUUGUCUGCGGACAAGCUGUCCCUCCGUGUUGUUCCCUGCGUUUUCCUUGGCUCCCCCCCUGACGCGCCUGGUUGGCAGUUUUACCACCCCACCUCGCGCCGUGUUCUGUCCUCCCAGGACGUCAGGUUUGACGAGUCGGUUCCUUACUACCGUCUCUUCCCCUACCGCACUGCACCCCUCCCCCCGCCGCCGCUCUUCCUCGCGCCAGUUCCCCCCCCGGUAGACCCCCUUCCCCCUCAGGUUCCUGCCCCCUCAGGUGUGUCCCAGGUAGACGCAGUCGAGCCUGUCGAGGUAGCUGUUGACUCUGGUGCUGCUAGGGGUGCUGAGCCUGCGGUUGCGGGGUCUGGGGGUGCUGAGCCUGGGGGUGCUGUGUUUGGGGGUGCUGAGACUAGGGGUGCUGAGUCUGGGGUUGCUGAGCCUAGGGGUGCUGAGACUGGGGGUGCGAAGCCUGAGGCUGCUGGGCCUGCUCGUGUGGGGUCUGGCGGUACUGGGUCUGGAGGUCCUUCGGCCGGAGGUGCUGCUGGAGCUGAAGGUUCUACUGCUGCUGAGGCUGCUGGCGCCACGGGUCCCGGAGGUGCUCGCACUGGAGGUACUGGAGCUGCCGGGCCUGGGGGUGCUCCUAGUGCUGGAGCUGCUGGCGGUGCUGCUGGAGUAGGUGCUGCUGGAGGUGCUGGAGCUGAGGCUGUUGAGUCUUCCGGUAGUUCCGCUGGAGCUGGAGCUGCUGGAGGUGCUGGAGCUGGAGGUGAUGCUAUUCCCAGUGCUCUUUCACAGUUACAGCCCGCCUCCCCACUGCCUGCUCCUUCUCCCUACACUGGUCCUACUGGAGGUCUUGCUGAGCGUCGUGAGCCUGCGUCUCAUCCUGCGUCGCCUGUUCGUGCUGCUCGCACUAGUCGUCGUGUUCCGCGUGAGCGUCCUCCUGCAGUCCCGGGCACACACCAGAUGGCACUUCGUCCUUCCACUACUCCACUGCGUAUCCCUUUGCCGUCUCCUCCAGAGUCCUCUCUUCCUGCUCUUGCUGACCCAGAGUCUGACUCCCUUCGUGCUGCCAGUCCUACUAUCACGCGUCUCCUGGCUACUUUUGUCACUAACCCUUCCUUUGAGUCCACUGCUGCGUUUGCCUUAGUUGCUGGGCUUGUUGACUUUGCUGCUCACUUUCGCCUAGUCAGGUUGGCCAUGGACGCAAAGAUGGCUUCCUGGAAGUCCACAGACACCUAUGUUGACGAGGUUUCCCCACCUGGGGCGAACAUCGUCAGUGGCAUGUGGAUUUUCAGGAUGAAGCGGCCGCCGGGUUCUCCGCCUGUCUUCAAGGCGCGUUACAUGACCACUCUUCGGGUGCUGCUGCAUAUAGCCGCUCAACACGACUACGAGCUUCACUCUCUUAACUUCAGCACAGCUUUCUUGCAGGGCAGCCUGCACGAGGAGAUUUGGGUGCGCCGCCCACCUGGCUUCACUGGGUUGUUUCCUCCUGGUACCCAGUGGAGCCUCCGGCGGCCAGCCUACGGUCUCCGUCAGGUGCCCCGUGAGUGGCACGACACACUGAGAACUACACUUGCGGCUCUUGGGUUUGCUCCUUCUACUGCCGACCCGUUGCUGUUUCUACGCACCGACACUUCUUUGCCGUCGUUCUACAUCCUCGUGUAUGUCGACGACUUGGUCUUUGCUACUGCUAACACUGCUGACACUGCUGGACUCGCCCACGUGAAGUCGGAGCUGCAGAAGAGACACACGUGCACAGACCUGGGUGAACUGCGCAGCUACCUUGGCUUGCAGAUCACCCGGGACAGAGCACGGCGCACCAUUACCUUGACUCAGUCACACAUGGUGCAGCAGGUCCUUCAGCGCUUUGACUUCACGUACUCCUCGCCUCAGGCCACCCCUCUGUCUACUCGCCACUCGCUCUCAGCUCUGCCUUUGGAUGAGUCUGUAGAGCCGAGUGGCCCGUACCCAGAGCUUGUUGGCUGCCUCAUAUACCUGAUGACCUGCACUCGACCUGACCUUGAAUACCCUCUUAGCAUCCUGGCACGCUAUGUUGCUCCUGGGAGACACUGA